GCUUCAAAUACUGAAGUGUCCAGAGAGAGCAAGCGGAGCGAUGGAGGGAAGUAGGUCAAACAGCUAUUUACAGAGCAUUAUCGAUGCCAUUUCGUCGUCAGAUGUCGUCGAGAGUCGUAUUCAGCUGCUCAAGAAACUGGAGGAUUUGGAUUUAUCUUGUAAAUCAGAGUUGAUUUCAUUAGUCGAAAGCCUUACAAUAUUUUGGGAGGAUUUUACCUGUUUGGAUGUGACGCAAUGCUUGUUGAACAGAACGAUACUACUAGUGGCUGUAAAACGUAUAGAGAAGGACAAAGCCGAUUGUCUAGCACAGUUUCUCACACUCGAAGUUAAGGCAAGUGUCUGGUGUAGAAAGCAUCUAAAGAUGACGCUCAUGUCAAUCCAGGAGUUACAGGAAGAAGAGCAUUCCAACCUGUUUUUUCAGCUUCUUUUGGAUGCAGUGAAAUUUUCUGCUGCCAGUUUUUCAGCUUUGGCAAGAUAUCCUCUUUCAGAAGAUAAGGCGUUGAUGAAUACGGUUGAGAAUUUCAUAUUGGAACAGCUGAAUUUAAUGAAUGAAUCGGUUUCGGAAAUUCAGAGGAUUCGUGAAUUUGGCCCAGAAAUAUUGAAAGCUGUGCAGAUGGUCAUUGAUGCGAUGAUAAAAUUUUGUGAAGUUCACUCUCAAGCCCUAGAUCGAGAGUUCUCUGGUGAAGACUUUGAUUUAACCAGCAGUGCUGUUAACCAUGUCAUCAACGUGCAUAAGUAUAUAAUUGAGAAAUUAUGCGAACUGGGCACCAUUGCUGCCAAAGGUGGUGGAGGAUUGGUGACAAUUCUCAACGUGUCAUGGAAAGGAGUGUUUACCUUGCUUCAACUUGGGAAUGGGGUGUUAGCAUCAAAGGUGAACAUAGCAGGCAUUAUUCUAAAUCUAGUUUCACUUGUUAUGGAGCCUCUGAAAUGUGCAGCAGCCACUUGGUCUUCUGUAACAAAUGAAGCUGUCUCUGCAAGUGAAGCCAGACGGAUAUUUCUUCCAGUUAAAUUUUUCUUGAUUAAUGCUGUGAAAAUAUCAUGCCUCUAUCCUUGCCAGGCAUAUCUAGUACAUAAGGAGAUUAUUCUUUGUGUUCUUACGAUCUCGACAUAUAAAGUUUCGCUAAGCAAUGAAAAGUUACUGGGAACUGUAGCUGAAGCAAUCACUGAACUUUUGGAGACAACGUGCUUGGAUUUGGUCAAGUGUAUUCUAAAUACCACCGAUCUAAAGCAAGACCUGAAACUUGGGAUUAUGGAUUUGUUAUUCACGAGUGAAAGGUGUUCUCAUCCAGAUGGAGAUCCCAGCAAUUGUUUUAGGAUUGAUCCAAUGAAUGGAAUUUUUAACACUAAUUGUGAAGACAUGAAGGAUGCCAAAACCUUAUUGCUUGGUCGCAUUAAUUUUCUACUUAAUCUGUUGAGGCAUUCUUUCGAUCUCAGUGAUGAUACAAAACUACUGAUCACGACAAAACUCGAUGUGCUCUUGGACAUUUUAGUUCAAGAAGAUGUCUAUGCAUCAGUUCUUCUCCUGCAAGUUCCUUUCUUGUAUUUCUCUGGAAAAACUACAGAGCUAAAAUGGCAGCCUCUGUUCUCUUCUCUGGUGCAUGCAUUGAAGACUUUCAUGGUUGCAGUCUCCUCGAGCUGUGCUUGGCUGGAACUGCAAUCCUUCUUACUUGACAAUCUCUUGCAUCCUCAUUUUCUUUGUUGGGACAUUGUUAUGGAACUUUGGUGCUUUAUGCUGCGCUAUGCUGAUGAUGGGCUGGUGAAUGGUGUCAUCUCUAAUUUCUUUUCAGUAAUGAAGUUUUUGGCAUCAUCAGAACUAGUUCUUGAUCACAGUUCUGCAUUGAGAAAAAUGGCUAGGUGUAUAACGAUGCUACUUACAUAUGGUGCACAUUCUAAACUAAAUGAGAUUUGUGAGUCUAUUUUUAUUCAGGACAAAUCUCGGUCAUCGACAGUGAUAUGGGCUGCCUUGAUCUUGGAAGGCUUUCCCCUAAACUUACUCUCUGAGAAGAUUAAAAAUAUUGCUAUUCAGAGUAUGAUUCACGAUUACUUGAAUUUCAUAGGGAGUUUUGACGAGACUUCAAUGUUAGCUCUCUCUUCUAGGGUAAUUGGGCUGCCAGUAUUUUCUGCAUCUACUACAAUCCAAUCCAUCAAGUUAAGCACCUCUGAUAUUGAUGUGAGAACGUUGAAGUUCUUACUUGCUCUUCUCCGUAGCUACAAGCUUUCUGGAGUCGAAAAGGUGAAGGGAUUCUGCAGAAAACUAAUAUCUGAAACAUUGGUGAUCAUCUCGUGCAUGAAACAUCUUUAUGCAUCUAAUGAGAUGGAGGAGGUCAUCUUGGAAUUGGAAAAGCUUUUUAUCUCAGGACCAACGGCCUCAGAUGCUCUGUUAUAUGAAUGCAAAUCAGGUUUGGUUCCUUUCUUGGCAGGACUUGCACACAUUAAAAUGAUAGAAACCGAUGAUAAUGCAAAAAGCUGUGCUGUGUGGGAGUUAUAUCAUAUGUUAUUUAAAGAGCGGCAUUGGGCAUUUAUACAUUUGGGGCUAACAGCUUUUGGAUAUUUUGCCGCACGUACUUCUUGUGAUGAGCUUUGGAGGUUUGUGCCACAGAAUGCAGCUCUUUCAUACGAUUUAGAAUCAGGAAAACAUGUAAAUGAAGAAGGGUUUAUGUUAGAGUUCAAAAUAUUUCUUGAGAAGGAAAUGGCUCUCCUCACAGUAACACCGAGCGCAGAGCAGCUAGCACUGCUUAUGAAAGAAGGGCUACUGUUAAAAGAUAAGUUCAAUACGUUACUAAAAUCAUGUGGAAAGGGUAUCGAAUGUAAGAGCAUGGAGAUUGAUGAAGGACCAUCUAGCAGGAAAAGAAAGCUUCCUGAGGGUAUCAGCAAGGGAAUGGAAUUGCUAAAGAAUGGAUUAAAGUUUAUGCGCCAGGGUCUCUCACUGCUGGAGGCAAAUCAUGUCGAUUCCAGAGAACUUCAUAACAAGCUUUUGAGUCACUUUUCUGGCCUUGAAGAUGAAAUAGAUCGUCUAGACAGCCAGGGUGGGGUUUAUUAAGUCAACCUCAAUUCCAAAGACCCAGAAAAAUCCAAGAGUAUGGCUUGCGUCAGUGAUUUAUGUUCGUGCUAUCCUUCUAUUGCAGAAUGAACCGAAUGCCAGUUUCCAUUGUGUUCAUCAGUCCUAACAUAAUGAACCAUAUUGAUUCGAGCUUCAGUGGUGAGGCCGAGAAGUAGACUGCCUUAUAGCUUUCUUUGGUGCCAAGGUCUCAGAAAGGUUUUUUGCUACUCGUCUUGGUAAUCAUCUCUCCAAAAGUUGCUAGGCACUAGAAUUAGUAGAGCACUUGUCGACUGUAGCAAAGCUUGGGAGAAAGUAGAAACGAAUUAUAGGAUUUCUUGCACGUGUUGCAUUUCUGUGUAGAAAUUGAGGCGUCAAUCCAGUAUUAAUGAUAAGGCGACUGUGACGGACACCAUCUUGUAUUCUGAGCUUUCAAACCUGAAAAUGUCAUCGGAGAUCUCGAAGAUUUUUAGCAGGUGGUUUCAGUGGACCCAAUCAGUACAGAUCCACUGUAUGGCAUAGAAUACGAAGUCCGUGUGAUCAAUGGCUUCACAAACAACUCCUCACUGCCUCUGGUGAUAUGGUGCGCAUCCAAAGACAGUGAUAUCGGCGGGCGUGCGCUACAGGAGCACGAUGAUUUCAGUUGGCUCGUCAAGACCAACUUCUGGAUUACUACUACCUCGCAAUUCUCAUGCACUGUCAAAUUGGACCGCACAAGGAGGAGUUUCGAUGCAUUUAAGGUACCAAGAGAUAUUUACCGCUGUAGUGCUUUCAGGAAAUGCUCUUGGUUGGUUAUGGAAGAUGGAUUCUAUUUCAGUGACGACGAAGUAAACUGGAAGAAGGAGUUCUCGUGGUAAAUCCAUUCCUCACCAGACCCAGCUAAGUUCACUCAACUCUGUUCUACUUCUCUAGUUUUUACUUUUACUGUCAUGGUUUUGGCCUAGCGUAGUUGAGGAAUGGAUUACUAUUUUGAGUUAUAUAAAUGCGAGCGUAGCAAAGCAAUUAGAAUACCUCGAUUAUCUUAGCGCAACAUCAUCUAGUAAAAGUCCUUUUUCUCUUUGUUUCUUUUUUAAUGAUUUGGGUAGAUCAAGUCUGUCUAUAUUACCGGUGUACCGUGUACUUUUUGAGUUUCUUAAUAAUAAGUAAUGUUUGUUCAA